CAGCAGCCAUUGCGCACACUGGCCUGCGCGCGCACAUUCGCACCGCGCCUCGAGGCAUCCUGCGUGAGCCUUCUAGCUCAGGGAACUACACUUCCCAAUUCUUCUCUCGCGGCAUGUGACGUUCUGUGCACCGCGAGCGCGGAGCUGGUUUCCAGCAGCUGCGCCCCACUUUCUCGGAUCCCGUCUUGGACCCAGGUCCCGACCCCGAUUCGGCUUCAUCAUGGAGGAGGCAGAUCGAAUCCUUAUCCAUUCCUUACGCCAGGCUGGCACGGCAGUCCCUCCAGAUGUGCAGACCCUACGAGCCUUUACAACUGAGCUGGUUGUAGAGGCCGUAGUCCGCUGCCUGCGUGUGAUCAACCCUGCCGUGGGCUCUGGCCUUAGCCCUCUGCUGCCUGUCGCCAUGUCUGCUCGGUUCCGCCUGGCCAUGAGCCUGGCUCAGGCCUGCAUGGACCUGGGCUACCCUUUGGAGCUUGGCUAUCAGAACUUCCUCUACCCCAGUGAGCCGGACCUCCGGGACCUGCUUCUCUUCCUGGCUGAGCGGCUGCCCACUGACGCCUCCGAGGAUGCAGACCAGCCUCCAGGUGACUCAUCUAUUCUCCUCCGGGCCAUUGGGAGCCAAAUACGGGACCAGCUGGCCCUGCCCUGGGUGCCACCUCUCCUUCGCACUCCCAAGCUCCAGCGCCUCCAGGGUUCGGCCCUCCAGCAGCCUUUUCACACCAGCACACUAGUCAUGCCCGAGUUGAGCUCCAGAGGAGAGCCUCGGGAGUUCCAGGCAAGUCCUCUGCUGCUUCCAGUUCCCACGCAGGUGCUGGGGCCUGCUGGGAGAGCGGCCUCACUCCUUGAAAGCCACACUGUGCAGCUGUGCCAGCACAUGGGCCGGGACCGCCCGGGAGAUGAGGACUGGGUCCGAAGGGCGCCCCGCCUUCCCACCCAGGAGGAUCCUCGGGUUCCACAGCAGCGGCUACAGAAGCAGCUGACUGAGUACUUGCGCCAGAGCUGGGGUCCAGCGGGGGCUUCCACACAAGCCCGAGACCUGGGAGAGCUGCUGCAGGCCUGGGGUUCUGGAGCCAGGACUGGUGCCCCCAAGGGCUCCCGCUUCACACAUUCAGAGAAGUUCACCUUCCAGCUGGAGCCCCAGGCCCAGACAGCUCAGGAGACAGAUGUGCCAGCCACCGCCCAGAGGCCUGAACAGGACAUACGUGCAGCUCAGGAACAGGAGCUCGAGUCCCUUCGGGAGCAGCUGGAGGGCGUGAACCACAGCAUCGAAGAGGUUGAAGCUGACAUGAAGACGCUGGGAAUCAGCCUUGUGCAGGUGGAGACUGAGUGUCAGCAGAGUGAGCUGAGCACUGCAGAGCGGGAGCAGGCCCUGCGUCUGAAGAGCCAAGCAGUGGAGCUGUUGCCCGAUGGGGCUGCUAACCUUGCCAAGCUGCAGCUUGUGGUGGAGAGCAGUGCCCAGAGGGUCAUCCACUUGGCGAGUCAGUGGGAAAAGCACCGGGUCCCGCUUCUUGCUGAGUACCGGCACCUCCGAAAGCUUCAGGACUGCAGAGAGCUAGAAUCUUCCCGACGGCUAGCAGAAAUCCAAGAGCUGCACCAGAGUGUUCGGGCAGCUGCUGAAGAGGCCCGCAGAAAGGAGGAGGUCUACAAGCAGCUGGUAUCAGAGCUGGAGACUCUGCCAAGGGAUGUGUCCCGGCUGGCCUACACCCAGCGUAUCCUGGAGAUUGUGGGCAACAUCCGGAAGCAGAAGGAAGAGAUCACUAAGAUCUUGUCUGACACGAAGGAGCUUCAGAAGGAAAUCAACUCCCUCUCUGGGAAGCUGGACCGGACGUUUGCAGUGACUGAUGAACUUGUGUUCAAGGAUGCCAAGAAGGAUGAUGCUGUCCGGAAGGCCUACAAGUAUCUAGCUGCUCUGCAUGAGAACUGCAGCCAGCUCAUCCAGACCAUUGAGGACACAGGCACUAUAAUGCGGGAGGUUCGAGACCUUGAGGAGCAGAUCGAGAUGGAGAUGAGCAAGAAGACCCUCAGCAACUUGGAGAAGAUCUGUGAGGACUACAGAGCCCUCCGCCAGGAGAAUGCUGGCCUCUUGGGUCGGGUUCGGGAGGCCUGAGGAGUCCCCCAUGGAGGUCCCCCUGCCAUAGGCAGGGAUUUGGGGUGGGCCUGCAUAGCUUCCAGUUUCUCCUUUUCCAGGACCAGCUGUGGGGAUGGGUACAAAAGUGAGGCCUUAAACUGGCUUUCCUCUGCCACACCCUUGCCCAGGCAGUGGCCGUCCAUAGGAGCACCCUUCACUCUGCCUGUGAGUAUGCACCCCUCAUCCCAGGUGAGCUGGUUCCUAGCACAGGGUAGGCAGGAGGCUCACCCAGUAUCCUGUGCCCCAGCUGCCCCCUGCAGGCAUUACCUGCUGCUCCAGAGACUGCACCACUUCUCGCUGGAGGAGACACUGUGCCCUGCCCUUCUCAUCCAGGAGGUGGUCCACUUGGCAGUGCCUGGGGAGGAGAAGAUUCUAUGCAGCUGGCCAUGGCAGGCUGGCCUCCUGGCUCAGUGUUCCAGUUGGGAAGUCUCUCCUUAGACUCAGCUCUCUUCUCCUCUGUCCCUCAGUCUCCCCCUCACAUAUGUCCUUCUUCCUACACAUGCUCCUGCAGCAUCGACUGCUGCCAGGCCUGAGCUCACCCCUUGAGCUGUUGGAAGGGUGGUGGGUGGAGAGUGGGUCAGACAGGUGAGAACAGAAAUGGCAUUCCAGAUGCUUGUGCAAAGGCCUGGCCGUGCAGAGGCCCGGGCAUGCUGAAUUGCUGCUAACAGUUGGAUAUGGUUAGAUAAUUAGAGAAGGGGCAUGCAGGGGUGUGUGUGUGUGUGGUGUGUGAAGCGGGGCUGAGGAGAGGCAGCAACCGCUACCUAGAGGAGAUAGGACUUUGGGGAUCAAUAACAGUGUAUUGGCAUGAGGGGUAGCAGGGCAAAGAGGUAGGAGUGUGCAUUCUGAAGCCUGGCUGUCUGGGUUCAAAUCCCAGCUGUGUAACUUAGACAUUUACCUUCUUUGGCCUCAGUUCCCUUAUAUGUAAAAUGGAGGUAAAUAUUAGUAUAUAUCAUUAUUAUUGUGCCCCAUUAUAUGGAUAAGGAAACUGAGGCCCAGAGGAGUUAAGUAACUUGCCCAAGGUCACACAGCUAGAGUGUGAUGAAGCUGGGAUUGAACCCUCAGGCUAAGCCUUUACCUCUCAUCUUCCUACCUAUUGGGAGGAGGCCUGAGUUGAGAUCUGCCGCCCAGACCUCUGCCUUCAAAACAGGACCCCCCUGGACUGGGGUGGGCCCAGGCCACUCACUUGAAGAAGUCCUCUGGCUCCUUGAAGACCUUCUCACAUCCAGGCCACUUGCAGACACCAUUUGCCAACAGAGGGAAGGAGCCCUGGGGCAUGGCUGAAAGGGUGCUGGGGAACAGAGAGUGUCAGGGGAGGGGAUAGUGGGGCGAGAGGUCCUCUCCAGGCCUGCCUACUCACCUGUCCUUCUUGGGUGGACUGGGGCUUGGGAAGGUGCAGAGCAGUGCUGGCUCCCUGGAUACCCACUCUAGGCUGGCCACAUUCAUUCCUGUAGGCAGGGAUAGGGUACACUGUACAGCUCAGCCCAGUGUCUCUCCCCCUCCUGAGCCUUGACAUCCUGACUCCCAGGGAACAUUGUUAUCGCCACUGUCCAAAACUUCUGGCAGAGCAGCUUAAAGGCAGCCGCUGGCAAGUGCUGACAUUUUGACUAACUGCAAAGAUCUGUGGUUCUGUGAUUUUGACAUUCUGUCUUUAAGGUUUUGAACCUGACGUUUUUUGGAGGUUGGAGUUUCCAUGGCUCUGAGACCUGAGCCCUCAGACCUCCGAAGGACUGCAUUUCACAACCGUCUACACUGCACAUGUUCAAGGACUUGGGGACUUGGGUUCUGUAACACCAUGGGGUGUGUGUUGAGGUGUUACCAGGUGGUAGUCCAGGUCGGGCCUUAAGGGAAAAGACCCCAGUGGCAGCCGUGGAUGGCGGGAGGCUGAUCAUGGCUGGGUUGUCCAGUGGGCGCACCUGUAGCACAGAGGUCCGGGCGUGGGUGUCCACGGUGGAGAGCUGCAGACACAAAUGCAUCACAGCUUAGCCUGGCUGAGGGCCCCCCUCCCCUCAGUUCUCCCACCUGCCCCCUCCUCGAAGCCCAUUCAGCCUUCAUACCUGGUGCAUAAAGUGUGGCCUGUCCUGCAGAAGUGCCUGCAGGUGAGGUGAGGAUCCCAGCCGUGCGCCAGAGGGUGCCACCAUGACUAGGGGCACUGUGGGCAGCUGGAGGGAGAAGGCAGGCAUGUGAGAUGCCAUCCUCAUCCUACUGUUCUGCGUCUCAUUCAUAUUGCUCCUCACCUCAGCCCCCUAAGAGAGGUGGGUAUGAUCAUCUCCUUUUUACACGUGUGGAAACUGAGGCUUAUGGAGACCAAAUGGCUUUUUCAAGAUCACACAGCUAGUAAUUGGCAGAACUGACUUCAACCUUGUCACUUCACCUCCUAGGGCCCCGGCUAUCUCCUCCUGUCCCAUGGGGAUGAGGACACAUGGCUGUGCCCAUGGAACCAUGAUAAGGUCUCCUUCUCUCCUGAGAUAAGAAUCAGGAGGUUGGGGAAAGACUCAAAUCUCUGAGGCCUGGAAAGUGGGGACUUUCUUGGCCCUGUAACAUCUGCAUAAGUCACAGACUCGCCUGGGACCCAGAAACCACUUCCUGUGCCCCAGCAGGUCCCCCCUCCCACCCUGUGCCACAGUAAAGGUCGACACCUGUAGGCCCAGGUACCCCACCCUGCCUGCCCCAUUCUGGGCCCUGAGCCUCACCUGAAGCUGUGAUGGUGGUAGGGGGUUCAAAGAGGAGGAAGCGGCAUGAGUCCCACUGCGGAGGUCCCGGCCCUGGAAGGUUUCCCCUGGGCUCCUGGGUGCCAGCAAGUCUGAGGCCUUAGGUGUAGCUCUCCAGCUGGGUGAGGCUCCUGGGGAUGGGCCGAGGGCCAUGGAAGGGGCCAAGGGCUUGGCUGGCCUGGGGUUGGGCAUCGGGUGCUUGUCCAAGGGCAGGCUAUAGGGACACAGAAGGAAUUACACAUGUUCUAUGGUUGGUGUCAGAUAUUCCACCACCCAAGGGACGUGGACAGCCUCUUUGGUGAGAGCAGGUAUUGGUCAGGCCAUGUCUUUAAGGGUCCCACGGACUGCACCCAUCUCUGGUCAUACAUGCACACAUACACAGUGAUGCCAGGAACACAGGCAGGUGAAUACCCACGUGCCCCACAGGCAUGGGCUCAGUAUGUCCAUGGCCAUGGGCAACUGGUUUGUGGGGCUUCAGCCAGGGUAAGUCUCUGCCUUCCAGUACCCUCUGUACCCCCUGUACCCUGCAUGGGCCACACAGUCUUUGCUGAUUUUGCUGGAGCUGGUCUUCCACUCUCCUGGGGGU